UCCACCAACCUAUGUUAAACUAGGCUAGUUUUCUAAUUUUUCAGUUUUAACACAACAAAAUUCCCCUUUCGAGAUGAAUAUUUUAAGUGCUCUUAAGAUAAAGAAGCUCAACAUGCAGAAUACAUGCACCUCCUACUACGACUUCUUGACCUGUGAACCCAACGGUCUGGAUUCACUGAGCUCCUCAGCUGUGCCACGCGAUCCUCCAUCCCUGGAGGAUCUAAAGCGACCUCCCAAAAUGGUCAGAAGUGGUGUGCAGUACUUCGAUGUGGAUGACAAGGCGACGGAGUGGUAUCUGGACACCCGACGAUCCACAGCCGAGAGAAAGCCAUGCAAAAGGAGGUUCUGCUUUAGGUUUCAUGUGCCCGUAAGACAUGCCCUUCGUCGAAAGGAUAAGGCGGCGACUUACGCCCUUCCAGGACGCAGGGUGUCCCCCGAGUUCCUGAGCCUUCUGAAGCAGCACCACGCCAAGAUGCGGGGUCUGGACAAGCUGCCGCGAAAGUAUCUGUCCCGCAAGCCCAGCUUCUCCUACUACAAGUACGAUGCGGCGGGAAAGAGCCGACACAUGCGACCUGGCAUCUCCACAGCUGCACCCGUAGAGUUUCCAUGCACCAAAAUUGACUGCCUUCGUCACCGGGAUUGCUCAUGUUCACCGAAAAAGGAAACUCCUCCACAGGCCCCUUUAAGCCAGGAGACUUCCAAUUCUCCUGUAUCCAACAUAAAGGUCAGGAAAAAGCAAUUCUCGCCAUUUGCUAAACAAAAACCAGUAGUUUUAGUGAAAAAAGAUAAAAAGGAGUCUAAGGAUAACAUCAAGUCAAAGGAGAGCCAGCCUUUUUCUAGGUUGCACAGAAUUUAUGCGAGCAAUCCAUCUUUAAAAGCCAAUCAAGAGUCCCCUAAACCAAUUGUAUCGAGAUCUCAACCUAGUUUUAAUUCCAAGGAACAGAUAGAAAGCUGUCCGUGUUCUAUUGAUCAGCUCAUUCGGUUGCCUAAAUCCUGUGCUCCACCCAUUGGUGCUGGUAAAACUGGGAAGUCCAAAAGGACUCGAGAUCCCCGCUGCAUUGAGUACGAGAAUAGUCCUUUCUAUAAAGCCAUCAAGGGCACAAACUAUGGACCCCGCAAUGGAAAUAAGAAACCAGUGACCAGUAGCGAGAAGAAGUGCUGUGAAGACCAUUGUAAGAUUGAAGCAGAUGCCCAGGAAGAUUCUCCCUCAGAGAACACUUUCUAUGCAUCCGUCUCUAAUCAUAGGGAACUUGGUCUGUUAUAUCGCCAUUCACCCGAUUCUUAUGAUCCGAACGAUAUUGAAAUUCCACCAAACCAUCAGAGAAAUAGGCUUGGCUAUAGAGGCUUCAUUCAUCGCUCCGAAAAACAGAAGCUCAUUGAUAGCGGCUGUGCUCCAAUCCCCAAGUGCAAGAGGACCAAGCCACCACCGUAUUGCUACCUCUGGUCCGCCACCGAUCCGGAUAUUCGGAAGGCGGAGAAACGUCGUCUGGCGGAACAUAAUUGGUGCCAGCGGGAAAUGUUUCCAGACAGCAAGCCGUACUCUUACUACUGGUCCACAACGCAUCCGGAUGUAAGGGUCAAGGUGAAGCGGCGAUUGAAGGAGGCUGACAGCAGGCGGAGUUGUGGAGUGAACCAAAGAUGUAUCCAGCCAUCCAUUUGCAGUCGUCGGGAUAAUUCAGAUCAAAGUGAGGAUAUAUGUACCUGCAGCAGUUCCACAUUGAGAAACCAGUUCAUUGAGAAACAUAGCUCAGAUUCUAUCGAUCACCACAAUCACCUAACUUGUUCGCGUGCCAAGAAACUUAAGUCGUUUGGACUAGGACACAGUAGAAAUCGAAAGGGAGCUCCAUAUGACAGUUCACUUGACUGGGAAGAUGAUCUUUCCACAUGCAAAAGUAAUCCAAGAUGGCCAGGACUUAUCUCAAGAAAGUUGACUGCAGAUUCAGAUGGACAUCUCUCGAAGAAACCACGCCUGCUGCCCAGACUACAUGCAUUUGCCAAGCGAUUUCUCUGGUCAGGAACUAAAGCAAUUGAGUUCAAGUCGAAUCAAUCGGGGAAUGGAAGACCUAGGCAUAGCCCCCGGUCUAUAAAUUGCAGGGAGGCUUCUGAUCUGGAGCAUCAAAAAGAUAAGCAACGAGUAAUAUGCAACGAAAUGAAUCCCUUGGACAGGAAAAUCUCGUUCAGGGAUCAGGACAGUAUCCUGGAUAUACGCGGACCAAGAGAUCCUAAGAUAUGGUCUAAAACUAUAAAGAAAAGACGCAACUCAAUACGAAAUACGCACUCCUCAGGCUCAGAAAUCGAUACGUACAGGAGUACCAACUCCUCCUUUGUGCAACCAGCCAGUUCCAGACGGCCACCUAGAGGCAGGAAUUAUCAAAAGUCCCAAGCAAAGAAGUCCCCACUACGUAACAGAAGGUGUUCCUCGGAUAGUUGCAGUAAUUGGAGCUGCCACUCAAGUGAUACACGGCAGCAAGCUCCUUGUCAAGUUCCUCAGCCUUUGGUAUCCCGUGCCCAGCGGGAGUGGGAGGAACAUCGGGAGCGAAAGCGAGCUAAGAGGCAUGUAGAGAAAUGCAGACCAUGCACAGAUUACUUGCUCACCUCACGGCCAACGGAGUCACAAAAUCCGGGCAUACGUCGAGGAGUGGUUACAUAUCGAAACUAUGAGUUUACAACCGAACUAAGUGAUCCCUGUGUGAUUGAACCAAAGGGUAAUCGUUUUCGACUUUGUCCCAUCCACAGGGAUAAGAACUACUCGCGGUCACGAAAUUAUCGACAUUCAGCUCGAUGUUGCGAUGACUCCGAUGCCCCCAGGCACUGUAAAAAUCCACAUGGCUCGAGAAGGAUACGGGGAGGUAUAGAUUUUCAUGAGAUUGAAUAUUCUUUAAGAAGGCAACGCUACACAGCGCAUAACUUUCCAAAAACCUUGCCUUCCAAACUCGAAAGCAACAAGACACAACAAUGGAAGUCACCUAAGCACUUAUUUUGUUUCGACUAGAAAUAUGAGGAUAAUCGGGCUAGCAAGCCGUCUGUCAAGUGGCCAUACCAUGUCUAUACCAAUG